AUGGGGGAUACAGUAAGGGAGCAGCAGAGGAAUGUGUUUGAUGAGCAAGUUUUCCAAAAUAACUACUAUGAUUCAGUGGAUAUUGCAGAUUUUAUUGAUGUGGCCUCCUUAGAAUCUGAUUUUUGGAGUGAUCUAAUCCAAGACAAAGGAAAUCAGGAUUGUUGGCCCACGCCAAAAAUCCAUUCAAUUGAAGAUGAAAUUUCGGAAAUCAUUUAUAGCACCCACAAGUCUGAAGAAUCAAUUACCCAGCUAGAACAUGGCAUGGACACUGUGCAUAGUUGUUCUCCUGAUGAAGAAGCGGUAAAUUAUGAUUACAGUUCAGGCAGCACGAAUUUUAGCUUUGACUGUGAUGCCUUCUUUCAGCACACUAGUACCGAUUCAGAAGAAUUCAAGGGACUGCGACUUGUACAUUUCCUAACUGCUUGCGCUGAGGCAAUCUCUCAUGGUAAGCAUGAUCUUGUUGAGAUCUUAUUUUUUAGAUUAACAGAAUUGGUUUCUCCAAUAGGGACUUCUAUGGAGAGGGUGGCUUUCCAUCUCUCUCACUCCCUACGCCAUGCCCAUCUCCGUUUACUUGGUGCUAAUGCUGAUGAUAUGUUCAAAGGCUGCAAUAAUGUUAUUCAGGAUCCUAAUUAUGUUGGGGCCUUCACUUUGCUGAACCUGGUUUAUCCUUACAUCAGAUUUGCUCAUUUCACAGCUAACCAAAGCAUUUUGGAAGCUGUCAAUCUUUAUUUGGAGAUGGAAGAGGACCCAGAUACCCACUUAAAUGCACGGGCUGUUUCAGGUCCGUGGGUUCUGUGGAUAAUUGAUUUUGACAUAAGAGAGGGCCUUCAGUGGCCGCCAUUGAUGGAAGCUCUGAAAAGUGAAGCCACUAAGCUUCGUGGCCUCAGACUUACAGCCAUAAAAUGGCAUGAUGAUGAUGAUGAACAAUUUUCAUGCAACAACACUGGACGAAGAUUGUCAGAGUAUGCGAGCUCACUGGGGAUUCCAUUUUCUUUUGAAGAAAUGGAAGUGGGUAAUUUGAAAGGGAAUCUCAGACAGAAAGAGGAUGAGGUAAUUGCAGUCAAUUGUAUGUGGGAAUUGCCACAUAUGGGCAAGCGAAGUAAGCAACUUUUAGCAGAUUUAAUCAAUGGCGUGAGGCAUUUGAAGCCAGUUAUUCUAACCGUGGGAAGUGGGCCUGCGGGCAUGGAUAAUCAUGAGAAUCUUAAUUUCACAGAGCGUUUCAAUGAAUGUUUGAGGAAUCUGUGUGCAGUUUUUGACUCUAGUCAAGUGGGUUUAGCAGAGAAAUUUGGGCUUGCUCGCGCAAACGUGGAAAAUCUCUUCUUGGGGCCAAUGGUGUGCAGAUCAAUGAAUUAUUUGCGUGAUAAUAUUCAAGAGUGGGAUUUGAUUCCAGUCAUGGAUCUCGCUCUCAAGUCUGGCUUCGUCGAACGUGAUAUCAGUGACGGAAACAUAUUGUAUGCAAAAUAUAUUUUAGCAGGCAGUGAGGGAGGAAGAUGCUACACAGUAGAAUUGAUGGGCAAGCAUCAGCUACUGCUCAAGUGGAAUUCUACUUCUUUAGUAUGUGUUUCUUCAUUUCGGGCACUAUGA